UAUUACUAUUAGAACUAGUUUUUUCAAAAGUUCAUUAUUUUUAAAUGUUUUUAUUGUGCUCAGUGUUAUGUUAAAUUUUUCUUUGAACAAGUACUUUUUGAGACAUAAUAUUUUUAAAUUGGUAUUUAAUUGAAUUAAUAAUUAUUAAAAUGAGAGGACGUAAAGCAUCUGUUCCUCCUGAAAAGAUAGUCCAAACAGUGCUUCGAUUCAGAGAUAGAGUCAUUCAGGAAAUGAAUGGAGUAAGAAAAAUUUCUGUUGAGACAAAUGAUGUAUGGAGUGACAUGAGUAAGUACUUAAAUGGGGCAAUAAGUAAAGGAGCUUUACAUUUGUUUGUCCACAAUGGAAGGCAUAAUAUAAAAGAGCUCUUAGGAUUUCUUCCAGUUAUAGAACAAAACUUAACUUCAGGUUCUGAUGCUGUACAAACUACAGAUGAAUUACUACAGGAUGAUUCUGAAUCAAAUAGCAGUGAAGACUUUAACAAUCUACCAAAAAAAGAAUUUGUAAUCACAUUUUCAUCAUCUGAGUGGCAACAAAUUCAGCCUGAAGAAGUAGUCUAUAAAUUGAACGAUAAAUCCAGGCCUAUGAGCAGUUGUCGCUCGUUUUAUUUUUACCAAAAGGCAAAUGGAGCCCAAUGAUUGCAGAACACUUUUGGGAGCACACUCAACUGCCUUGUUGUAUCUCUUUUAAGAGAUCUACAGUGCAUAAUGAAGGAGCUGUAUAUGUCUGUGUCAUUGGAAGAUGUUCUAUAUGUGGGUCCAACUUUAAAGGGAUUAUAAGAGAGAAACCCAUUGGCAACUCAAGGUAUAUUUUAAUUUCAUUAUUAUACAGUUAAAUUUACAUUUGUGCUAU